AUGCUUAAAAAAUCAUUUCUUGAAUUGGCCAUUGAACCUGAUAAACAAGACAGUGAUAACGAGAAAUUAGCAUCGACUACACCAGUGGCAUCUCUUGAAUUGGCCGUUGAACUAGACAGUGAUAAUGAGGAACCUGAGAACAACAUUAAACUUGAUGAAAAUGAUGAUUAUCAAAGCGAUCAAGGUGACGAUACUGAAUUUAAAGAUCCUGAAGAUGACAGUACAAAAGAUGCAACUACCAAUCUCAUUCAAGAACUCUUUAAUCGCGGUUUUGUGAAUAAUUCAUUAACAUGUGCCUUACCAAUUGAAAAGCCGUAUUAUUCGGCAAAAAUCUACCCUAAGAUCUGUUACUUGUGUGAUAACUUCAAGAUUCCUAAUAUAGCAACGUCAAAAGGCUCAUAG